AUGAUACAUCUUCAGUCGGUCAUUAGUCAAGAGCUACAGUUCUGCAGUGCUGCUAGGGUAGUGGAGCGUCUAUGGAGAGAUGUCUGGACUGGGGUAACUUCCCAGUACUAUAAUGAGCUCCAUGUUCCAGAGGAAGAGGGCCUACUGGAUCUGACAUCCUUCAUGAGAGCUAGGAGCGGAGCGGUCCUGGAUCCAUGCGCAGACUGGACCUCAGCCACAGUACCAAAGAAACUCAUGGAUUAUGUCAAAUAA